AUGGAAUCAGUUCUUAAUACAACCUUAGGUGCACGUUUGAGUGCCUACUUGGUUACUGCGGAUGAUUUCAAAAGACAAAGGACUAGAGUCAACAAAAGAAUCCUUAAACUACGUCGUGAUUUAAACUUGGUUACGAAAGAUACCAAAAACUACAGUGCAAAGGAACAAACAUCGAAGAUUACCCCUCAACAGUAUGACGAAAACAAGGAAUAUGGAUUGAUUGAGCUACUUCUAGCUGAGAGAGAUAUGCUCUAUGCUAGCGAGAUCAAAGCCAAAUUGGAUAUAAAUAGCGAAACGUCGUCAUCAUACACUACUUUGUUGAAAACAAAGACAAAGAGAGCAUUGUUCCACGUUGAUAACUUGAUAAAAUUAACCACUGGCGAGUCGAAUGACAAAAUUCGUAUCGAGGUUUACAUAUACGCGGCAUUGGUGGCUGGUCAAUUGUCAAUAACUAGGAAGCAGUGGCUGAAAGCAUUGAAUGCCUUUUCAAUAGCAAAAUGCAGUUUGGACUACUUAAAUGCACAAGACAGCGAUAAGGAGUCUUUCAACAAGACAUUGUGUAAUGAACUACUUGAAAAUACAGUUGAUCCUUCGUUGAACUUGGCAGCUUCGCAGUUGGACAACUUGCCGUCAACUGAUUUAAAGACUUUGUCGAGGAAAUAUUGCCAUGAAAAUGCGUUCCCCGAAAUUUCGCCUGUUCUCAACUUGAUUGAUUCACAAUUCACCAAAGAUAUUUCUUCCUCGGUAAAGUUGCAGAAAGAAGUUGAUUGGAGAGGCCAUGUUGCCACUAUUUACAAUGACGAACUCGCAUUCAAGAUCCAAGAGUUGACAAGUAAUAAAGAAUGGUUGCAAUACAACGACGCUAACCAGUUUGACGAUGUAAUUGCGUCUUGGAUCAGCAUAUUAGAAUUGCAUAAAGAGGAUACUCAGAAGAACCAAGAUGAUGAUGAUAUGGAAAAAGUUCAAGAUAGGGCAAUUUUAUUAACCUAUAUAAACUAUAAUUUGCUAUUUACAAAACUCAAGAGAGACUUGCUAUUGGUAGGACAAUUAGUAGCUCAAAAAAAUGUCGAGAAUAGCAAGGACAUCGUUAGAAUCUAUCUGGGCAUUAUCAGUAUUGUCGACGAGUUGAAAGAGCUCCCUGGUGUUUACAACGACGAAGACUUGCAUUAUUCGUUAGAGCAUUUGGAGGGAUUCUUCCAAGGUCAAAAGAAUGUUGUUAUUGCAGAAUCAUAUCAAUUCAACAACAAAUUUGCCGAGAGUUUAAAAAUUUACAACUUUGUCAACCAGCAAUUGCCAGCUUCCCAUGACUAUUAUAAAGUUCAAUUUCCAUUCGAUGUUAGUACCAACUCAGAAGUUGCUCUUUUUAAGGCACAUUUGGAAAAGAAGGUUUUGCAAGCACAGGUUAGUGCGCAGUUUGAACAAGGCAAAAGAGCAGCUUGUUCGAAAUAUACUAUUGAAGAUAUGAAGAAAUUUCCUAAUGGUUUAAGCGUAAUUAAUCUUGAUAAGAUUGAACCAGUAAUGUGUAAACCGGUUUUGUUUGAUCUUGCAUUUAAUUACAUUUCGAUUGGUGCUGAAUCGGCACAACCUGUUCAAGCACCACCUUCGAGUAGUGAAGCCAACACUGAAGACACAAAGAAGCGUGGAUUCUUCGGCAUGUUUGGCGGACGUAAUUAG